CCAAUGUCUCGCUUCUUGCUUGACGAGGAACAAUCUGCUGGUUGAGGGGCCAAUAUACCACAAAACAAGACUUCUCCCCCAGCAUUUGGUUUUGCCACUAUGUUUACCCCAAGGCCUGGGAGAUUUCCAGCUCUUGUGUUACUUCUGGUUCUGUCAAGCAAGGCUGUCUCAAGACGUCUACCUAGCCACGGGGAGGUAGCAACCCAUGGACCCCAGGAGUCAAACCUGUCCGAGCUACCACAUCAAACAACGCCCCCUGUAGCCCUCACCAAAGACUCCGAUACCCAGCAAACAGUGAGAACUGAAACCUCAGAGACAGACCAUGAGACUGAGCUCUCCCACACCACGGUGAGAGUUAAACAAACACCUGUCCCAUCAGCCCUGCAGCCAACCACAUCCCCACCGCCCUACCCUACCACUGCCAUCAACUCCUUCACAGAAGGGACAACAAAAUCCUCCAUUCCAGGAAGUGUCAGUGUCUCGAACAAAGUGACAUGCCCGACCAUGACCCCUAAGGGGAGAGGGCUGGUAGGUCAGUGCCUGAUCAUCAUCGCUGUGCUGGCUGCUUUGAUGACAAUGUUCAUAGUCAGCACCGUCAUCCUCCUGACCAAGUUGAGGGGCAGCAGAUACAGGCACAGAGCCCAGUGGCUGCAGGGACAGGGCACAGAGAUGGUGUGCAUCUCAGCAAUGGUCCCCACCAAUACCACUGAUAGAGGCCAGGGGAGAUCCAGAUGCCCCAAAAUCAAUGUAACCCUAAUGCCUAGCGCAGAGGACAGCGAGGGGGACAAUCUCACUCUCAACAGCUUCAUCCCAGACCUUGACGGAGGCUUGUAAUACUUCACACAGUCAAACUCGCACUUCACAAUAACACACUUGAGCUUUGUCUGUCAGCUACAUAGCAAAUAUUUUGUCCUUAAACAGAAAAAGAAGUGCAUCGCUUAACUCUCAGCAUUAUUCUAAUGAGAAAUAAAAAUCUAUCACUAUGGCCAAGCAUGUGUAUACCUGACCUUCCCUGUACGUACUGAAUAACAACAUCAAAAACUAAAUCAAUAUGAUAUUUUUUCUGUCAUACUGAAUUCUUCAACCUAUGAUAUAAAAUCUUAUUACGGCAAUGCUGAGGCAUGAGGUGCUCCAAACAGCCAUGGGCAAAAACAGAAUCCCUGCAGCGCCAGCAGGGAUGAGUUCUGAGGCACAUGUUUGUAGCAGACCGUAAAGUUUAUAUGUUAGGUUUGUACAUGUGUGAUAUGAUGAAAGACAGGCCCUCUCCCUGUGAGCUGGUCUUGUAGGCUGUGUGGAGACGGGCUGUAAUCUGGAGCACAUAAUUAGAGGUCUCCGUGAGAAACAGAGAAACAUAGGGACUCGCCCUGUGGAGAACAUAAAUAUCCACUAACUGUCAACAUGUACAAAAAGUGGUAUUGUCCAUUUUAGAGAAUACUGAUUCAACUGUGUGUAAAGGCAAGGGGGAAGUGAGGAUUUUGUCUUUGAUAUUAAAGAAAAUCACAUGCUA